GAAGAAUAAUGUUUUGAUUAGGGAGGAAAUUUUAGAAUAUUAAAUACUAAAGCCAAAUUAUAACUGUAUUGCAUGUUUUUAAUUUCUCUGUUUUGCUUUGGAAUAUGUCAUUCACUGAAAGCUGAAAAUGAAUGCUGACGUCGAAAAACACAUAAGGCAGAACCAUCAAUGGUCAAUUCUGCCAGCAAAUGUAAAACAGAGCUUGGGCAAUACUCAGCGAGAAUAUGAAAAGGCAAUUUCUAGCUUCAGUGUUAAAAAUCAGCUUCGAUUUAAAGGCAAUUUAGUUCGACAGAUAAUGAAAGAUGAAAGAAAAUACUACGAACAAGUGAUAAAUUAUAGUCGAGAACAUUUGAUGUUAUAUCCCUACCAUUUAGCAGAUGUUAUUGUUAAAGGAUUAAGAUUAACUCCCUUUGCUUAUUACAUCAAUAUGAUGCAGGAUAUUAUGUCACAGGAGAAAUCCUACGAUUCUUUACCAAACUUUACUGCUGCUGAUUGUUUACGUUUAUUAGGAAUUGGUAGAAACCAGUAUAUAGAUUUAAUGAAUCAAUGCAGAUCUUCAAAGAAAUUUUUUCGCAAGAAGCCAGUACGAGAUUUAUUACCCAUGCAACCAGUAGAGGGAGCUUGUAUAGAGAGUUGGUGGAUUGUAAACGUCGGUUAUAUAACAGAGGAUGAUAUUAAGAUGUGUUCGCAAGUGGAGAAGAACCUUAUUGAUACUAUAAUAGAUAGUGGACCACAACCAGCUGGUGAUCUCGAUAAAGAUUUAGUCCUUGGUUUAUAUCGUAAAGGUUUGAUAUAUCUGGAUGUUCAGUUGGGAGAUGAAGAUUGUAUUGUUGUACCACCAUUAGAAGGUUUUGUGAUGAAUCGUGUACUCGGAGAUUACAUAGAGACGUUGUUAUAUAAAAUAUUUGUUUCUAUAGAUGAACAUACUUCAGUUACAGAGCUAUCUUCAGUUUUACAGAUAGAUUUACAACUAGUCAAGAAUGCUGUUUCUAUGUAUUGUCGCCUGGGUUUCGCCAAAAAGAAAGGGGUGGAUACAAACGACCUUCAUCCAUCCUGGCUUCAAGGUCAUUCACCUAAACACACAGAGAUUAUUAAUGUGAAAAAACGUCAUGAGGAGAUGUUAUUAAUAGAUUUAAAUAGUGCCUUGAAUGUUGAUAUAGGAGAACAAAUUGAUCCUGUACCUGAUAUUAGUAAUAAUAAUACAGAUCUUAAUACUGAUAUAGAUAUUAACAUAGAUGCUGUUGGUCAAGCUGGUGGUGGAAGUAAAAGAAUCGCCUUUUUGUUUGAUUCAACUUUAACAGCAUUUCUCAUGAUGGGAAAUCUAUCUCCGGGUUUAAAAAGUCACGCUGUAACCAUGUUUGAAGUAGGAAAACUAAGUGAUGAAUCUAUGGACAGUUUUCUUUCAGAGUUAGAAAAAGUUGGUUCUGAUGCAGAAGGAGAAGCUAGAAGAUAUUUUGACCACGCCCUCACAUUACGAGACACAAUACAAUUUUUACGUCACAAUAAGAAUCUAUGUGCAGAUCUGGAUCAGACGACAAAUGGAUUAGGAUUAGAUUUAAUACGAUGUGAGAGUAUGCUUAGUUUAGAUCCAGCAACAAGAGCCAGGGUUUUUAAUAAAAAUUACAGUUUGCUUGUAUCUAUGGCACCAUUAAGUAAUGAAAUACGCCCUGUGAGUAGUUCAAUACCACCACAUAUAGGACCGGCCAUACCAGAGGUUAACUCUGUAUGGUUUAAAUUAUAUCUGUAUUCGCUAACCGGUUGUGGACCACCAUCUUUAUUAUUGGUUAAGGGAACAAAACUUAGACGUUUACCACAAGUCUUCCAGGGUUAUGAGAGACUAUUGGUAACAACAUGGGGUCAUGAUCCUGGUGUGAUAGCUACUUCCAAUAUUCUACUCACGUUAAACGAUGCUCUUUCACAUUCACCAGUUUUCGUUCAAGGACAUGGACAUCAUACUGAUGGAGAAACUGUACAGAUACCCUUCCCAUUUCAAUCUGAGGUUUCAGGUGCAUUUAGCCGAGGUCAUUACCGAUCACAUAAAGCAGUACAGAAGCUUGAAUCGAGCUUAGAUUUACUUCAUACAUGUGGUUAUAUCACCUUACUUACAACAGGUCAGAGUUCAAAAGGUCAAAGUUCAUCCAAUACCAACAGCACAGCCAGCACUGACAGCACUGACACUCCUUCCAUAACCAUAGAUACGACAGAACUGGAUAAGCCUGCUAACGGCAUAAAAAAUGCAGAGUCAGCGCACAUGUUAGCGACGGAACUCGACUCCUUAGAUUUAGACGCAGAUAUUUGUCACGAUCAAACGACCAAGGACAGAUUUACGUUAGAUUUAAGUCAUGAACCUAGAUCUCAGGAUCAAUUAGUGGAAGAUGAUUGGGUGAUAUUAGACUGUUUUUUCGGUGUUCCGUUAUUCGAUACUGUGUUAAAUAAGACAGUUUGUCAAAGAGUUUCGACAAUGGGAUUAUUUAACAAAGAAAGUUUACACAAUUUAUUAGAAUCCAGUCGACUGCUGUCCCUUCAACUGUUAGAAUUUAUAACACAAUGGCAGGAUGAUAGUGUUAUUAGUGAAAUAGAGAAUUCUGGUGUGCCACAAGAUAAAGAAGAACAUUCAUCACUGUAUCCAACUAUUAAUUUAUUAUUUACUGAUGGUUCCAUACAACAUUGGUCUAAUAGUUAAUUAAUACAGUCAACAUAUAGACUAAACUAGACAGAGUUACCUGCUCAUAGCUUCUAUUGUCAAACAGAGUUACCUGCUCUUACCUUCUAUUCUCUUAGGAGAUAGUCGAAUGAAAGUUCCGAAAUUGAAUUUUCUCAUACCGGGUACCUAAAAAUAGUGACAAUCGAAUGAAAAGGUGAUUUUUGGGUUAUAACGCAUAUGCAUUUAUCAUAAGAAAAUAUUUCAAGCAACCAUGCCAGUUCAAACAUGGGGGGUUGGAUGGCUGAAUGGUUAGCGUGCGUGCGCUGUAUCAUAAAGUCUGUCAUUGAGUCGACUGGCGUGGUUUCGAAUCCCCAGUUGUACGUGACAAGGAGUAGGGUCGCCUGUCCAACCUCAUGGGUUUUCUCCGAAAUUAAAAUAAAAUUAAACCAUAUGUUAGUCCCGAAAUGACCUAGUUUGUGUCGAGUGGACAUUAAACCCCAUUUCUCUCUCUCUCUCUAUCUAAGUUCAAACAUAUUGGUUGUGUUUAAAUAUGUCACAAUUAUACGUUGUCAGGAUUAACAGAACUGUAAUGGUGAUGAAUUCCACUACACUUGCUUGCAAUUCUGUCAAUUCUGGGCGUUCUGCAUUAAACAAUCGAACAUAUGCAUACAUAGUGGAAAGUGCUGCUGAUUCAGUCUAAUUCAUAUAGACUAGGCCCUGAGUUCACAAAGCAUUCUCAGAUUUAAGUUAAAGAUUAACUCAAACUUUUUCACCUUAUUUUAACUAAAUUAUAGCCAUUUAUAAAGAUUUUGUUGUUUUAAUGCAUCAAAUACAUCAAUAAGAAGCUAUAUACAAAGUUUUGUGUUUCUGGAUUAAAGAUAUUUCUCGUUAAUAAUGAUUGACAGUUGAGUAAAUUCUUAAAGUUACAAUUUCAUAUUUUCUAAGAAAGUCAAAACAUAAUUAUUUCUAUGUCUUUUGCUCAAUAGGUUGUCAACUCACUAUUAUACGAUCAUAGGUUAUCUUUCUCACACUUAAAAAUCUUCACACCGGAAAUAAUAACACAAUUACCUCCCUUGUUUUCCUAUUCCCCACCAUGGAAAAGCUAACUUCAAACGUUUGAAAAUGAUAUUUUUGCCAAUUUCUCAACUGGCAAUAGUGAAUUAUAGGAUUAAUAGGAUUAUUCUUUAACAAGGGCUUUAUUUUAAUACAUUUUAAAAAUAUAAAUUAAAAAUAUGAAAUUGUAACUUUAACUUAAAUCUGAGAAUGCUUUGUGAGUUUGGGGCCUGGUUUUUCUCAAGUUGUUUUAAUAUAUCAGGUUUUGAUAAAUAAAUAGCCACUUAAAUCGAUCAUGUGGAAGAAGUUUUGGUUAUAAUUUCAAAACUUUAAAAUUUGGAACUAAAAGUUCUUGGAAAGCAGAACCAAGUACUUUUCUUUUUUAAAUUAGUAUUUUUCCCGAAGAAAUAAGAAGUAAAGUUUUUAAAGGUGUUCCUGAAGAACAUAAAAUCAAACUGGUAUUUAUAUGACCAUAAUUAAAUUUUCAUCAAGAAGAACAAUUUUAAUCUAUGGGCAGAUAAGCUUGUCUAAUAUUCGGCUUGCCAGAUCUUAUUUCAUUACGCAUCAAAAUUCUAAACUCAUUUGCAAUUCUUUCUCCCUUGCAAUGCUACCCACAGAACUAUAUUUUAAACUGUAUCAUUGAGUUGUUUUCUUAUCAAAUGAGAGGCAGUUACUAAUAUAUUCAAUCAGAGUAAAUGUAAGAGCUUAAGUUUUCAUGAUUUGUUAGAAUUGGUUCUACAGUAUCAAAGCUGUACUAAAUUUGGCUUGGCUGUUAAAGUUUUUGGAAGUAUAUGUCAAUUGAACUGUUUAAACGGUACAGAAAAUAGUCAUAACGGUUCUAUGAUAAGCAGUUACUGUUUUUCAUUUAGAGCUAUACCUCUACAAUAAUUCUAUUGUCGUUUUCAAGAAUUGUUAAGAUACAAAAAUUGCUUUCCCAGUCCUCCACGUUUAUAAAAAUGUGCGUGAACCAUAAAAAAAGCUCCUGCCUAUUUCAAAACUGAGAAAAAAAGCUCCUGUAAAAAACUCUUCUUAAUUAUAUUGCAAGAGUAAUUCUAAAUUUUCUUGAAUUAAGGAGAGCCAAAUUGUAUUUAUGCUUGAGUCUUGUUUAAUAUUGGUGAAUAUGGUAGCAUCAGAAUUAUCAUCAUGGAAACUGAUAUCUCGAACGUAUGCAAUUUUAAAAAUAAAGAAAAACUGAAGUAGUUUAUUAAUCUCAAUAUUUAGGAGAGUGAUUUAGCUAAUUUGCAGGAGUCUUUAAAGACUCCCACGAAGAAAAAUCGAGAGGACCAGGAGCGAAAGUGCACCUUUAACGUGAAGGAUUGCUUUCCAUAAUGUCUAAGCUUGUGUUAACACGUUAUGAAAUUAUGAGGACCUACUUGUUUAGGGAGAUUCAUUUUCUUAUUUUACAUUGCCAUAAAAUGAUUCUCUUAGUUUAAGAAAUAUUUUUAUAAAUGCAUGUAAGAUAUAUUUUAUUCGUCCCUGAUUUCUCAUUAAUGGUAAUUUCAAUAUGGAAAAUACCAUCAUAUGGGGGACAGACUCUAGUUUCAUUUAAAGAUAUGGCUGAUGAAUAAAACAUAAGCCAAAGCAAUGGAUUCGAAAUCGGCUAUUUCCAAACCUUUAAUUCAUGUAUUUAUUUAGCACUAAUACUCAGCAUUUUAAUAUCUUGCCUACUAACUCAGCUUAAUAUUUUGCCCCACAGAUGAAACCAUUAAAGAGUUGGAGCCUCUUUCAUGACAACUUAGACUAAAUGUUAUAAGGAUACAGUCUUUUCAUUGGCUGAGAGUUUAAAGUUUGAGCUCUUGGCUAAUGAAAGUGCUACAUUCUUAAAUAUUUUUAGACAAUAUGAUAUUUAAAAAAUCCUAGUCUCUUCUAAUUAUUAAAAGUCAAAGCUCUAGCCCUCUUGAAGCAAUUUUCACAGGUGUCCUUGAAGGGAUAGAGGCAGUCUGGCAGGAAUCGAGGACCUUUUGGCCAGAAUAUCCCUGGUUCAAAUCCUUGCAUUUACUGAGAACAAUCAUUGGGAUUCAAGGUCUUAUCUGGCUUGUCAGAUGUGGGGUUUGUAUGGCUGUCAUGGAAAAUGUAACUGAAGCAUGCACCCGUGUACGCAUUGACGAUAAUGUAAAAGAAUUCUUGGUCGUCGGAAUUUGAGAAAAAGUAGGUGGAAACGCUGCUGCCCAUGUAAAAUUAUCAUCCGCUUAUUGCACAUAUGUAGCCAUUCAGUUAAAAUUACCAUGAGUUAAACAUGCAUUAUGCAAGAGCAAAAUCUUCUUAUUACAAGUCUUUCUUUAGGCCUGAAAUGUUAUCUAAAUUAUCAAUUAGACAUUAAUUAACUUAUCCAGACCAUAAUAAACUCUCGAUGUCAAGGCUAGCCUUCGAUGUUGGCUGGAUUAGAUUCCUAUAUGCCGCUAACAGCCGUUGAUAAUUAAAUCAGAAAAAUUGGAUAAUCGAGACUAUGCUGUUUAUAUUAAUGAUUUUAGUAAUGAUGACCGAGACUAUGCAAAAAUUUCACCCGCUUCUUUCUCGGCUCAUAGUGGAUCAAUUUGACUGAAAUUUUCAGCAAAUUACCUUUACACUAUCUAGUUUUUAACUAUUAUAGCGAGAACUGCCAUCUCUUUAUCUUAUCUCCCAUAAUGUAUCUUUAAGUCUCAAAAUAAUAAAGUAUCUGUGAAAUAUAGUAUAAUAAUAAAAUCUUUUAUAUGCUUGAGAAAAACAUUUGUAAGGGGAAAAUCAUCCUCGGUAUCUCCAGUGAUAUCGUUCCAUUCUACUCCACUAACCCCUGGGUCCAUUAACAGGGUUUUCACGAAUCAAAUUAUCUACCCUUGAUUGUCGGUUGAUUCUACGAACCAAUCAAAAAACAGUUUACAUACCUGUUUUAGCGUCAUUGUUUACAUUCACCACACUGAUUCGUCUAUUUUAGUUGCAAAAAAAUGUGAGUUACUUCCCUUCGGCCACUCGAUUGGUCGAUAAAAAUAGCACAAGUAUCAAGGGCAGAUAAUUUGAAUUCGUGAAAACCCUGUGAAUGGACCCAGGGCUUAAUGGAGUAGAACGGAACGAUACCACUGGGGAUACCUAGUAUGGGGGAAACUGGGACACUUUCAUUUUAUUGUCAUUAAUCAAUUCUAGUCUUCUUUACAGAUUCUGUUAUAUAUUCGUUCUAGCCAUUGACACUUUUGUUAGCGUAUUUUAUUUACUGUAUAUUAUUAUCAGGGGAAAAUAUAUUUAAAUAUAUAUUCAAAGAAAGGGCUGUGUUGUUGAAAGUGUAUGCAAGAUUAAGCACGUAGAAAGCACAUUAAACUGAAUGUAUUUCGACACUAUUGCCUGCCUAAACAUUUAAGUUAUCAAAGCUGGUAACAGUAAGAAAAGACAACAAAAAAAAAUUAAAAACUUAUUAAAAGUUCUUAAUUUUUAAAUUGAAUAUUUUAAAUUUGGCAUAUAACAAUGCAAACAUUCUGCUGUGCCCCAUUCCCAUGAGCAUCCACUUAUUUUGCUUAUUGUUAAUCCAGCUCUGAGCAGGAUAUAUUAUUAUAACAUUAAUAAUCUUAAAUAGUAAUUACGUUAUAUGCGGGAAUUCAGAGCACAGUUUGUAAGUUAUAGAACUGUAUAUUGAGAUGCGAAUAAACCUAGGCAUGAUUAUAUAUGUAUCAGAAGUGGAUUUAGGAAAUGCAAAAAGAGGUGAAGUCAUCGGUUUAGUCUGUUACUGAAGUUUUGGAAAUGGUUAUAAGUUGCACUUCUUCAUUGGUUUGGGUUGAAAUAUAGCAUGGUGGAGAAGAAGGGUUUAAUCUUAACUGGUGGCAGUGAAUGGACUAGCUGGAGAGGUUAACUGUAACCUGGGUGUCAUUUAAUCUUGUGUAUUUAGCACUAGUUUCUUCCACUUUCGUUUGGUAUCAAAUCUUUGUUUAUAAAUUCGUAAAAAUCAUUUAAAACACCCAAAAUCAUUUAAUUUGUACUUGUGUCCAGUUUAAAGCUGACUGAUAAAUUUUGAUAAUGAGUGUCCAAUUUACAAGUAUUUAAUUUCCUGAUCACUGUUCAAAAAAUUAAUCAUUAUACAUCAAUAAUCAAUUGGCUUGUUUAUUUUGUAACAGCGAUCAAAAAAUUAAACUCUUGUAAAUUGGACACUUAUUAUCAAAAUUAAAUGGUCAGCUUUAAACUGGACACAAGUACAAAUUGGAUGAUUUUUGGUGAUUUUAAACGAUUUUUACAAAUUUUUAAACAAAUAUUUGAAAUUGAAAGAAUGUGAAAGAAAUUGGUGCUAGAUACACAAGAUUAAACGAUACCCAUGUUACAGUGUUAACUGUCAAUCAAUUUUAAUGCCAAAUAAUUUACAUAAAUAAUACAUAAAUUUAUAGAUUUUUUUGUGUAAAAACACUAAGAAAUAUAUUUUUAAAGAUUUGGGAUAAUACCAAAGCAAAAUAUGUGAAAAGUUGACCAGUUGUUAGCCACGAUUAGAUCCACCUCUGAAACUGUAUAUUCUAUGUUAUGUAAAUUAUUAUUAUGUUAAAGAAAUGAAUUAAGUAAUUAUUGUUAAUUAUUUUCUAAGACAGUGAAACCUGGAGGAGCUGAUUUAAUUUAGUAUUUGUGGAUUCUAACUUCAAAUUUCUUUAUAACGUAAAAUUCUAAAAAAAAAAAAAAUAUUAGGUUCAUAUAAAUGUGACAGAAUGCUGAUUUUUGGAAAUCCAACCAACAACCUUAGAAUCCACACACCUCUACUGAGUGAGGCCAAAUUAGCGUGAAAUAUAUUUAAACUCACGACAGCACAACAGUCAAGGACAGAACAAGCAAUACAUCACAACAGUCACAUGACAGCACAACAGUUGUAGGACGCACAACGGUCUCAAGAGAGCACAAAUCGAAUAUUUCUUUAUUAGACUAAAUAAUGUAAAUUUGAUUGCAGAAGGUAAUUUUGAUCAUGUUUGUUCAGACAGGUUGUUGGUUUUAAUGGAUGUGGUCAGAUGUCAUUGAUGUGGUCAGAUUAUCCAGGUUUCACUGAUAUGGUCAGAUAAGCCAGGUUUCACUGAUAUGGUCAGAUUCUUCAGGUUUGACUGUUGUGAUCAGAUAACCAGGGUUCACUCAUAUUGUCAGCUAAGUCAGGUUUGACUGGUGUGGUCAAAUAAGCCAGGUUGACUGAUGUGGUCAGAUUAUCCAGGUUUCACUGAUAUGGUCAGAUAAGCCAGGUUUCACUGCUAUGGUCAGAUUCUCCAGGUUUGACUGUUGUGAUCAGAUAACCAGGGUUCACUGAUAUGGUCAGAUAAGUCAGGUUUGACUGGUGUGGUCAAAUAAGCCAGGUUGACUGAUGUGGUCAGAUUCUCCAGGUUUUACUGUAUUUAUUAUUGUUUUAUGUAUAUUGUUACUGUUAUCAUUGUAUUUUAAAAUAUUUAUGUGUAAAUAAAUAAAGACAUUGUACAAUAAAA